UACAAUGAGAAACGCUGCUGUAAGAGCGUCAAGCAAACACGGUAAAUUGCGCGCGUGAUCCACUCUCGAGAAAAAAUUUUUGAGAAAAUAAAAUAAUCAAAGAAAAGAAGAACUUUUUCAACCGGAGUGAAAAUUUUUUUUUUGGAUUUUCAUCAGUUCGUCGAAUUAAUUUUUUUGUUUGAGUACCUUCAGUUCACGUUCGGUUUCGAUCGAUCGUUCGCCGACGGUGAUCCGAGGAAUUCGAUUGAGUGAAAAUUUCUGAAAAUCGUUCGGUCAGAAAAUUGAAAGAUAAAUUUUCGUUGUGUUUGUGGGAUUACUUCUGGCGAAUAUGCGAUAGCGACGUGCCGAACCGUCGACUGGAUCAUCACGCUCUGAAAAUCGCUCAAUUUCUAGCAUGCAAAAUGCGCAGCGCUGAGAGAAUGCUAAUAGUCUGCGUAGAGUCGUCGUGAAAUUUAUGGGAGAGAAAAAAGAAUAACAGAAAAACAAAUAGGAACGAACUGAUGAUAUCAACGUCAAACGCGUUAACAAAGGAACGAAAAUGACGGGGACAACGGCAGCCGGGAUCCUUCUCACCACCUUGACAUUUCUGUCCCUCGCCAACGUCGCUCGUACCCUCGAAGGACCCAACGUCUGCGUUAAACAGGAAUCGUACACCGUCACAGUCAGGAUAUCGGAGAACAAACCUUACCAAGUAAGGGAGUACACGUGGUGCCUGAAUUUUCCACCAAGGUGCUCCAAGUACAAAAUAAACUUCAAGCCGGUAUUCACCACUCAGACGCUGCUGAAAUAUCGUCCGGUCGAAGAGUGCUGCAAAGGUUACACGAAAAGUAAUACGGAGGAUCGUUGCAUUCCGGUGUGUUCGGAAACCUGUCUUCACGGGACUUGCGUAGCUCCGGACAAAUGCAAAUGCGAAUCGGGAUACGGCGGACCAUCGUGUGACAUCACGUGUCCGGCUGGAUACUGGGGUCGUCAUUGCAAAAACGAAUGCAUGUGCCAGAACGGUGGUAAUUGCGAUCCGUUCAACGGAGAUUGCAAAUGCACCAGGGGUUGGAUGGGAAAAUAUUGCGAUCAAUCCUGUCCGCCCGAUCACUACGGUCAAGAUUGCGGCGAGGAGUGUCGAUGCAGAAACGGCGGCAGUUGUCAUCACAUAUCCGGCGAAUGUCAUUGCGCCCCCGGCUUCACCGGACCUCUGUGCGACUUCUCUUGCCCGACGGGAAAACACGGUGACGAAUGCAAGUCGGAAUGCAGAUGUCAGAACGACGGCUCGUGCAGUCCGACCACCGGACAGUGUUUCUGCACACCCGGAUGGACGGGUACCGUGUGCGCCAAUCGAUGUCCCGACGGUCACUGGGGUGAAAAUUGCUCGUUGACCUGCGACUGUUACAACGGAGCUUCCUGCCAUCACAUAACCGGCGAAUGUCACUGCAAGCCUGGUUUCAGAGGAGAAAGGUGUCUGGACACAUGUUCGGACGGAAAGUACGGCUUGAACUGCGAAAGCGAUUGCGAGUGCGCCAACGACGCCACGUGUUCGUCCAUCGAUGGUUCCUGCAACUGCAAGUCCGGAUGGAAGGGAGACCUGUGCGACAAAAGGGCAUGUCCCGACGGUCUUUACGGGCCGACUUGUUCGAACGUCUGCCACUGCGACGAACGCAACACGGAACUAUGUCACCCCUUCGACGGCAAAUGCACCUGCAAACCGGGAUGGGACGGGGCGACUUGCUCGCGAACCUGUCCGAUCUACACGUACGGCAAGGGUUGUUCGCAGCAGUGCAAUUGCAAGAACAGCGCCCAGUGCUCGCCGGUAAACGGGACGUGCACCUGCGCUCCCGGUUUCAGGGGGGAGAAUUGCAGCGAACUUUGUCCGGCCGGUACUUUCGGCGAGGACUGCGCUCAGAGGUGCGCCUGCAAGAACGGUGCCACCUGUUCGCCGGAGAACGGAAAAUGCAAUUGCACGGAAGGAUGGGACGGUUCGCUUUGCGAUCGGCCGUGCGCCGACAAAUUUUACGGUAAGGGAUGCAAGGACGAGUGCAAAUGCCUGAACAACGCGGCUUGCAAUCCACAGAACGGCACGUGCACUUGUGCGGCUGGUUUCAUCGGUGAACUGUGUCGGGAGAAAUGUCCCCACGGAUUUUUCGGACACGAUUGCACUGGGAUAUGCGAUUGUCACGAUGAGAAUAGCUUGGGAUGUGAUCCCCAGACCGGAAGAUGCGAGUGCAAAGAUCAAUGGCGAGGAAUACGAUGCGAGACGCAAUGUCCAGCUGGUAAAUUUGGGAACGACUGUCACUCCCAGUGCGAGUGCAUGAACAAUAGCUCUUGCGAUCCAGAAACUGGAAAUUGCGUUUGUUCGAGAGGUUGGGAGGGUGAUAAUUGCUCGCAACCCUGCAACGAGGGUUAUUACGGUGUUGCCUGUAAGGAAAAAUGCCCGGAGAGAACCUACGGCAACAUGACGUGCGAUCACGUCACCGGUCAGUACGUCUGUCGUCCCGGUUACCUCGGUAUAACUUGCGAACAUCCUUGUCCGCCGGACAGAUACGGUUUGAACUGCGCCAAUCGUUGCAGCUGUAAAAACGGCGCCGAUUGUCAUCAUGUGACUGGUGUCUGCCACUGCCUACCGGGUUGGCAAGGUCAGAACUGCACGCUUCCUUGCCCUCCCAGGAUGUACGGUGUCAAUUGCACGCAACACUGCAAAUGUCAGAACGGCGGUGAGUGCAGGAAAAAUGACGGAGUGUGCAAAUGUCCGGCCGGCUGGAUAGGGACGCAGUGCACGGAACUCUGUCCCGAAGGAUACUACGGGGAUCAUUGCAUGGAACCCUGCGAAUGCACCAACGAAAAUUCCGUCUGUCAUCCGACGGAGGGUUGCAUAUGCAGUCACGGUUACACAGGAGAGAAUUGCGACAAGCAAUUAUUCGCCCCGAAGGUACAGGAGAAGGAAGAAGCCGGUUACGGUAGCGUGGUCGCGGGGGUUGCGGUGGCUCUGAUUUUCAUCGCUAUAAUAUUCACCAUCUGGAUGUACUACCGGAGAAGAGUGGCUAAUUUGAAAACGGAAAUUGCCCAAGUACACUACAUAGCCGAACCGGUAACCACCCCAGAUCGAAAUCACUUCGACAACCCUGUUUACUCUUACCAAGAAUCCGUGAAAGCUGACGACGGUACGGCAACCUUGUUGAACAACGUACAGAUAAGAAACGACCUUGGAAUGAAAAACGUAAACAACGAACGCGCCAAACUCGGCACGGUAAUAGCGGGCGUCGGUGAGGACGACGACGACAGUUGCAAAGAUUCGUACGGUCUUCAAUACAACCACGCGGCGUCUCUGAAGAAUAAAGACGCGGAUCUCGGUAACCCCAACGUGAACGUUUAUCACAGUAUCGAUGAAAUGGACGGUAAGAAAGCUUCGGAACACGUCUACGACGAGAUCAAACAGAAGAACGCUGAUUUGGAAUACGAUCAUCUCGAUUACACGAGACCGGCGAGCACCUGGAAACCCCAUUAUCAAAGGAUGGUCAACGGCUUCGGACCGAAAGACGGAAGUGGUCCGAGUAAAUCUCGUGAUCCAGAUCCGGAAGCUGGAGGAUCGUGAAGUGAGUCAAUGUAAAUUAUGUUAUCGGGAUUGUCGAGCGUGGGAGAUUUGGAAAAGAAAAAAAAAAAAAACAAAUUGAAGACAAACCACUUCACGAUUAUUGUACAGCUUUGUGCCGAAAUGAUAUUCGGCGGGCUGAGUGAUAAUUGUAUAUUUGCAAUAUCAGUAUUCGAGAAAAAAAAAACAAAAAAAAAAUUAUGGGAUAUGGAUUAGAAUUAGCCGGUCCAAAAAUUACUAAACAAAAAAAUUGCAAUCUGAAAAUUAUAUAUAUAUAUACAUACAUAUUUCUAGAAAUCUGAUUUUUAAUUUUAAGGGAAUUUGGUAGAAUAUCAAAGUAGCCGAUAGGAAAUUUUGAAAAAAUCGUGAAUCAUAUCGUUGAAGUCGGAUUAUGAAUUGGAAGAAGACGAUUAAUUACUAUCGAAGUAAAAACGAUAGACAGUAAUCGUAAAUGUAUAAUCUCACCGAUUUCGCGAUUGAUCAUUCUGUCGCUAAAAAUCGUGCUACGUAAUAAUAUAAUUUUUGACUGACUAUUUGGAAAAAAAAAAAAAAAAAGAUUAUUUUCCUCCAAUCUUCAGCUAUGUAACGUUUAAAUCGUGAAUAUUAAUACGAUGUAUAAUUAUUGAGAAUAGUAUCUUCGUUGAAAUUAUAUCGAGCGUUUAGGUUUAAGUCUAAUUAUAGUUUUUUGAAUAAAACAAAAAAAAAAAAAAAAAA